AUGCAAACAAACGACCUUAUGAAUGGUUUUUUGCCAGUUCCCUCAGUUGAUACAACCGCUCCUUCUUCUCCUCAGAUAGUCACAUCAACCGAUGCUGAAGAAUCCAUUCCUACUCAUGAAACCAAAUGGACUCAAUUGUUGGAUACAAUAUUUGAAGAUGCAAAGUCCAUGACUUCCGAUCAGCGCAAACGUAGCAUUUAUCCAUUUUUCAUUCAGUUUUGCUCGGGUGUUGAUGUAGAUCGCUUCAGUGAAAAAUAUUUAAACACUAAUUCUCAUGUUACUACCUCUUCUACAAAACGAGAUGCAUCAUCGAUUGUGGAAGAAGCUGUUGGCGAAGACAACUCAUCUUCCGAUGUUGGAGCCUCUCCAGCCAAAAAAAAACGAAAAAAAAAGACCGACAAGCCAAAGGAUGAUAAAAAGUUGAAAGAGUGGUCUGAAAAGAUUAGACAGAUCGCUGAUGAGAGUUUGCCAUCAUUAACCGAUUUACAAGAUAUUGAAAAGAAUUUCUCAGAAGGAAAGCAAAAACACAUCUCUAUUAAUUAUAGAUUUAUCACAGAGAAGAAAGAGAAUCAUUCAGAACAAGUGAGACAUACUUACAGAAACUUUUUUGAUAGAUAUCCUAAAUUAUUUUACUUUUUCUCGUAUUGGACGUUGAACGGAAAAUUUAAGAUUAUUAAGAGUGUCUUUGAUGAGUCACCAGAACUUUACAAGAAAUGUGUCACAGACGUUCCAGACGCAUACAAAAAGAUUUGGAUCACCCAAUAA